UUUCCUUCUUUCUUCCAGUCAUAGACCUCCAACAUAUCUAGAGAUGCCAUAUAGUUGGUUAGAAAGUCGAGUCCAGUGGGUGCAUCCCUACAAGAUCAUAUCCCUCCUUUUCCUCCCGUAGACGAUGCAUUAUAGAGCAGUAGGAAUUGGCAGCAGAGGCAGAGAUUUGAAACCAUGGAUGCUUGCUCUUCUCAUUGCGUCAUUAAUGACAGUCAUGGUCAUAGCCAUUGCUCUUGUGACUCUCUUCUUAGUCUCUGGCCCAAAAAUGGAGUACUAUCAUGGCACCUUUGAAAUUUCAAAUCUCCAAACUAGUAGUAAUUCUAGACAAAACAGCACAUACCAACUUAAGGAUUUACGAGAAAAAAGUGAAAACUUGGUGGAUGAGAUAUUUAUAGACUCUGCCUUGAACAAAUAUUACAUCGAGAACCGGGUAGUAAGACUGACUCCAGAGGAAGGUGGUGUGAAAGCAGAUAUUGUUAUGGUGUUCCAGUUCCCCUCUGGUGAGCAAAGGGCAUUAAGAAAGAAGAAAAUCCAGAGCAUUUUAAAUCAGAAGAUAAGGAACACACGAGCCUUGCCAAUAAAUCCCUCUUCGCUUCAAGUUAAUGCAAUGAGUUCAUCAACAGGAGAACUAACUGUUCAAGCAUGUUGCGGUAAACGAGUUGCCCCAUUAAUAGUCAACAGAAUAAUGUCCGGAGACAUUGCAGCCAAGGCUGCCUGGCCAUGGCAAGCAUCCCUUCAGCGAAACAAUGUACAUCAGUGUGGGGCCACCUUGAUAAGUAACACAUGGCUGGUCACCGCAGCCCACUGUUUUAAGAAUAGUGCAUAUCCACAACAAUGGACUGUUAGCUUUGGGAUAACAAUCAAGCCUCCAUUAAUGAAAAGAAAUAUUAAAAGAAUUAUUGUCCAUGAGAGGUACCGCUCCCCGGCGAGAGAGUACGAUAUUGCUGUGGUACAAUUCUCUCCCCAAGUCACCUUUACUGAGGACAUCCGACGAGUUUGUUUGCCAGAAGCCUCUGCGUCCUUCCAGCCCAAUGUAACUGCAUAUAUCACAGGAUUUGGAGCACUCUUCUAUGGCGGGGAAUCACAAAAUGAUCUUCGAGAAGCCAAAGUGAAACUCAUAAGUGAUGAUGUCUGCAAGCAACCAUAUGUGUAUGGUAAUGAUAUAAAAUUUGGAAUGUUUUGUGCUGGAUAUCUAGAAGGAAUUUAUGAUGCCUGCAGGGGUGAUUCUGGGGGACCUUUGGUUGUAAAGGAUCUUAAAAAUACCUGGUAUCUCAUUGGCAUUGUGAGCUGGGGAGACAACUGUGGUCAGAAGAACAAACCUGGAGUCUAUACAAAAGUGACUUACUACCGAAAAUGGAUUGCUUCAAAGACAGGCCUUUAAUUCCCUAUAUGAGUUCAACACUGGGCUGUAUGCAGGCGUACAUGUAUAAGAAUCUGAAUAGUCAGUGGAUGCAUUACAAUGAAAUUACUGAAUCUCGCAACACAAUACUACAGCAUGUUUUAUUUUAGAAAUACUUUAAUUUAUCAAGAGCCUAGAGCUAAUUUCUAAGAAAUUUAAAUUUAUAAAAUAAUAGGUCAGUUUAGCCUGGAUUAAAAAACAGCUAACCUGAACUGUCAAGCAUGAGGUCCUGAAUUUGAUCCCCAGGGUUGUAUAUGCCAGAAUGAUCUAGUUCCCUUUCCCACCCUCCCACCCCCAUCUCUCUCUCUCUCUCUUUCUCUCUCUCUCU